CUACCCCGGAUUAUUCACCGAUUGUGCCCACCAGCCUCGCUUCGUCUUUCCGUUUGGCCCAUCAUACCACUACCGACACUUACAGAGACAGAGACAGCUUCUCGACCUCCCGGCGAAGGGGCAGAAAGAAAAGACGCGACAUCGACAAUGGUUUGCUACAUUCGCCAUGACCUCGGGAGCCGAUGAUGGAAGGCGUUGUUGACCAUGAAGAUCCACAAAGACUCCAUUCGUGACCUGGAAAGAUGCCACCUCAGUUCUUAUUCGUCAAUAAGGACGCUGCCAGCGCCUCGCUGACCCGCAGCAGUGCCGCUGAACAGACCUCCAUCAACUCUCAUGUCCAGCGCGGUCGUCGACAUCGGCGUUCUGCCACCAGCGCCAGCCGCGCUGGGGCUAGGGCAAGGAAGAAUGCUGCUCGAGAAAGUGCUGCUGCUUCUUCGACGGAUCCUGUCCUCGCUGACUCGUCGCCAUCCCUCCCAUCCAUCAAAAGUGAGCCCGUGCUAGAAGACCGCGGCAUCCAGACAUGGCUACCUGCUCGACUGUCUCCGCGCGCCAAGUUCGCCGAGCACAAGAUUGAGGAAAUUCCCGAAUCAAAACCCCCGGCUGGCAAAAACGCUUCCAAGCCAAAGACACCGAAGUCGCCGGCGAACAAGACUGUCGAGGAGAAAGCAGUUGUGUUGUUGAAUUCUCCCCGCGCUCUGGCAUCCCCUCAGGAUAUCAGUCAGAUUACUUCGACCUCUCUCGACCCCUUUGGCCAAUCGGUCGUCAAACUCGACCCACACGUCGCGAAGCUCUGUCGCUAUUUCUGCGAAAACUUUCAUCCGAGCGUAUGGCAUGCUGAAAGCUGGGCUUCCCGAGAAGGUUCAUACACCUACCAAACUACCGCCGUGGAGGUCGUUCGAAGGGCCAUGCAAAGUGAAGUUGAAAUGAAUGCAAUGCUAGCCUGCAUGGCCGCUAGAAUUGAGAACGUGGACCUGGUCCCUGGUCAGGGAACGGACAAGUAUAUGGGCAACGCCCUGAAGGCAGUGCGGCGGCGCUUCAGUUCUGCUCCAAAACAGCAAUUGCUCUUAAUCGUCUUCCACCUAUAUGCCGCGGAUGCCUACCGACAAAACUAUCAAGCAGCAAAGAUACAUAUGCAAGCAGCCAAAGCGCUAUUCGAUUCUUGGGGUGGCCUACACUAUGUCCCGGACCCAGCUUUGAAAGAACUCUUCAUCAUUGGGGACGGGCACAUGUCCGCCGUUCUUCUGGAGCCCUGCAGUUUGCCAUGCGAAUACGAUCCCGGUCCAUACUGGGCUGUCACGCCGCCUGAGCUUCAGCUUGCUCCCCAACAGGACUUGAGCCGCUCUGCACCAGCCCUGCAGCGACUAUGUCUACAUGGAUAUUUCCCGGAGGAACUGGUUCAGAUCAUACAGGAGACGGCGGAAUGCUCAUGGGUCUUACAUCAUGCACCCCUUGGAGCACCAGAGUCGUCAAAACAUGCCGCGAGAUGGCUACAGUGGCGUCACGCAGCUGUUAGAUACCGGCUCCUGGCCCUGGAAUACCCAGGAUCCAGCCUUGACGCUGUCCGUGUCGGGUUGUUAAUGUGGAUAUUGACGUCCAUGGUGAUACUCGGGUUGAAGCGAUUAGGAGGCCUAAUAGCGCCAAAACUGCGCACCAUUUUCUGGUCAGUCGACGAACCUCAUGGCCAAUGGGAAGGGCUAGGGCAGCUCAAGACAUGGGUACUUACCAUCGGUGCCAUGUGUUCUAUGGUUGGCAGCGACGAAGAAAGAUGGUUCGUCGAGCAGCUUUUUGAGAUCGGAUUUGUUGAGCAUAUUCGACGCUUUCAGGAGACAAAUCCAGAUUUUGACACCAUGGAUGUGCUGAGAAACUUUCAAGAGAAGUUCUUCUACUACGACGCUAUCCAACGACUCAGGUUGGAAAGGUUGGCGCGUCUCCUCAGUGGUGGAUUGAGUGAGACACCAAGUUCGGCUUCGCAGAGCAGUCCAAGCGAUCUAUCGCGGAAAUCAAGGUCCCCCGCGUGACCAGUCCCAGAGGACCGCUACUGCGAUGUUCUCCUCUUCUGUCGCAGUUCCUCGAGCGGCCCCUCGAGUUCUAGGCGACAAAUGAUUUAUCAAUCUUGGGAUGCGCGACGGGUGUCGUGCUGAUUACAGCUUCUCUUCGUUAUCAUCGACCGAAGCUUGAGUCAAUACAUUCGAUGAUCAUCGGUGACAUUGGCAAACCAACUAAGGCUUACUUUUCGAUCUACAUGUCGCCUCAGCCUUUCUGCUGGAUAGUGGGCUAUGGGAAUAUGUGCAGCGGCUUGAGGGAAGUGUGCAGAGUAGGCGGAGGACUGCGAUUGCCAAUGGAAGGACCAAAUCGCACCGCUCCUAUUCCCAGCAACGAAGCUUUCAACCCAUUUAGCAGGAGCCAAUCGGACGCCAUUAUGUUCCCAAACGCACUCGCACGCCCGUGUCUCAAAUUUACUGGGGGAACGAGCAGGCUAUCUGUGCUCACCAUUCUUGGACACAGAGCGACCCAAGGCUCGUGGGAGGGGAAGGAUGAUUGUCGUUCGUCGAAAAGCGAGCAAUCACGAUCUUGACCGAGAUAUUGCAGAGAGCUCGCCUAUCGAGAGGCGGCAGGAAAGGUCACGAUUUACGACUACUUGGACGCCGGUCCAGACAAUGGCUUGGGCCCGGUUUAUGAAGGAAGCGUGGCAUUUAUUAUGGAGAGAACAAUUUCGAUAAUUAUCUAGACAACGUCGGCUGAGGAAAGGAUGUUUGCCAUCUACCUCGGUGCUAGUAGCCAAGUGACGGAUCAUGUGGGCAUAUCGUUAGUUGACAGAAAAGUUGAGCGAAAUUAUGAGCGAGAUUAUGACGCGGCUCGCUUUGAGCAAUC